GCAUCCUCCGCUACCGCCACCGCUACCGGCACCGCACCGGCGGGCGGGCGGGGAGGGCCCUUUAUUCCCGGUUAUUCCCGGUUAUUUUCCCCCCGCUCAGCGGCGGAUCCCCCACCCGGGGGAGGGUCCCGCCCCCCGCCGCUGCGGCGCGGUGCAUCCGGGAGGGUCCCCGGGCCGCCCCCUCCCCUUCCCGGCUGGGUCCCCCCAUCCCGGUCGCUCUGGUGCUUCCUUCCAGUGGGCACAUCGAUCGGUUGGAGUUAUGCGUUUGACCUGCAAGAGCCACGCUGCCGGUGCUUCGGGGAUCUUGUGAGCUGGAACGGGAAAGGAGCCCGCCGGCAGGUGGAAUGGGGCAGCCAUGAACGGCGAUGCCCUGUGCCAGGAGCCCUCCUCCCCGCUCCCCGACUGGAGGGAGUUCUGCAAGCUGCACGCCCAGGCAGCCGCCGUGGACUUCGCCCAGAAGUUCUGCCAGUUCCUGAAGGAGAACCCGCACUACGACACCCCCGGGGCAGAGACCUCCUUCUCCCACCACUUCACCGCCAACUUCCUGGACAUCUUCAGCCUGGAGGUCAGCCGGGUGUUCGUGUCUGACUCGCCCACCAAGUACAACAUCGUGCCCUUCGUGGGGCUGCAGAACUGCCACGUCCCCUACGGGCGGGAGGUCGCCCCGAGGAAGGAGGAGACGUCCACGGAGUCUCUGGACAGCAUGGACGCCCCGCUGGGCGCCAGCCGCUACCUGACCCCGGCCCAGCAGGUGCAGGCGCACAAGGUCUCCUCCUACGGGCAGUCCCGCAGCUCUGAGGACGUCUCCAUGCACGCCGCUGCCAAGCCCAAGUUCAAGAAAGGCUUUUCCCUGAGGAACAUGAGCCUGUGCGUGGUGGAUGGGAUGAAGGAGAUGUGGCACCGCAAGUCCUCCCCGGAGCCGGGCGCCGAGGCGGCUCUGGGCGGCCGCAGGGCCGAGCGGGAGCCGUGGCCGGCGGGGGGCAAGGAGCCCGCGGACCCUCGGGAGAAAUGGACGCACAAGCUGCGCCUGUCCAAGGUGCCCUCGUCCAAGGUGGAGCUGGUGGACAUCCAGAGGGAGGGCACGCUGCGCUACAUGGUGGCCGACGACACGAACUGUGUGGGCAGCUCGCAGUGGCAGAAGUGCCGCCUCCUGCUCCGGAAAGCCGUGAAGGUGGAAGGAGAGAGGUUCCUCCUGGAGUUUUACGUCCCUCCAAAGGCUUCCAAACCCAAGGUGAGCAUCCCGCUGUCGGCCAUCAUCGAGGUGCGCACCACCAUGCCCCUGGAGAUGCCUGACAAAGACAACACCUUCGUCCUGAAGGUGGAGAAUGGGGCUGAGUACAUCCUAGAGACCAUUGACUCCCUGCAGAAGCACUCGUGGGUGGCUGAUAUCCAGGACUGCAUCGACCCUGGGGACAGUGGGGAUGACAUUGAGCUGGUGUCCUGUGCACAAGGAGCCUGCCUGCCAGGCAGGACAACCUCAUCCAGCUGCGAGUUCCUGAAUGAUGAGGCACCCAGGCCACCAGACAGAUGUGGCCUGCCCAGCACCCACAACACUGCCAUGGCCACGGCUGUCCCCGUGCCCCACGGCCGGGGCAGGGACUCCCUGGGGGAGCUCCUCACCCACGUCCCACUGGAAAGCUUCCUGCAGACGCUGGAAUCCUCCCCCACCGCCGGUGGGCAUCUCACAGGGGAGGACAGCGAGGCCGAGGCUGAGAUCAACCUGUCUGACUUCCCCUGGUUCCACGGGACUCUGUCACGGAUCAAGGCAGCGCAGCUGGUGCUCUUCGGGGGCGCCCGCAGCCACGGAUUGUUCGUCAUCCGGCAGAGCGAGACGCGGCCGGGCGAGUACGUGCUGACCUUCAACUUCCAGGGGAAAGCCAAGCACCUGCGCCUGUCGCUGAACGAGAGCGGGCAGUGCCACGUGCAGCACCUCUGGUUCCAGACCAUCUUUGACAUGCUGCGCCACUUCCACACGCACCCCAUCCCGCUGGAGUCGGGCGGCGCGGCCGACAUCACCCUCCGCAGCUACGUGGUGGCACAGAGCCCGCAGCCCGACACCGGCCCCCCGCCACCCCUCGUGCCACAGCCACCAAGCUGCCGGGCCGACCUGCCGCCGCCACACUACUUCUGCAGCACAGCACCCGCGGGCCCGCCGGUGCCACCGCCCGCCGAGGGGGUGGCCGUGGCCCCCCCCGUCCCGGCCCCCGCCCCCUACCACCGCCUGGAGGGCGCCCUGGGCCCGCGGAGCCGCAGCGACAGCGCCGAGCGCCGGCCGGAGCCUCCUGCCGCCAGCGCCGAGGACUACCACGAGGCUGACAGCGCCCGGAGCCGCACCCGGGCGGUGGAAAACCAGUACUCCUUCUACUGAGCCCCGUGCUGGGGGAGCGGGGCAGAGCCCCCUCACCGCUGCACCGGCCUCGCCACCCCUCCUGCGGCCGCCAGCCACCCAGCCGGGCUGUCCUCCUCACUCCCGGCCGCUUCUGGGCAGUGUCCCAGCACCGUGCCAGGGUUGGGGCAGUGCUGGGGGUGUGGGAGGCUGGAAGAGUCAGUGCCAUGUUAGAGCUUGCAGCCUCUGCUCCUUCCCUCCGGACCAAGAGCUCUGCCAGGGCCGAGCUGGGCUCCCUGCAUCUCCUCCUGGGUGUGGCCAUCGUGGGAUGGCACCUGAAGCUGAGGCAGGCUCCAUCCUCCAGCCAAAGCACCUUGGCAUGUCCCCUGUGGGGCGAGAGCUCAGCAUGGCCAACAUCCUUCUGGCACCACUGCCCUGCAAACCAGCUGCUGAGGGGCUCUGGUAUUUUGGGAUGAGCAUGGAAAUGUGAGCUCUCCAUGCAGAGACUCUCCUCACACACAUGGAUCACUGAGAGGGUGCCGCUGCAGAGCCCUGAGGGUUUAUCUGGGCUGGCUUUUGGGCUCCUUCUGGGGCAUGUGUUUCCUACCCUCUGACAGAAGAAAGUUUUUGUCCAAAGGUCAAUGAAUUGCAUUCAAGGAAGGGUUUUCCUGCUGUCCUGCCUUUUCUGUUCCUCUGUUUCCUUUCUCUCCUUGCUGUACCAGCAGAGAAUCCCUGGAUAACCCUUUCUUCCUCCCUCUCUUCCUUGAUUUUUCAAAACCUAAGCUCUCCACAAGGGCAGCAGCCUUCUGCCUACUCUCUGCCACAGCUGGGCAAUAUUUUCCAUUGCUCAAGGCAAACCUUGGAAAAUAAGCAACACCUCCUCUUUACAUCAGUUUUUGAUCAUUCAGGAUGUCUCAGGGGUCAGGCAGAGCCCAGAGACUGUGUCCAGAGGUGAGGGACAGCUUUGCCUUGCAGGUAAAAGCAGGUGUUCCUGCUUGGCUGGACUCCAAACAAAAACACUACAUUGAUUCUUUUCCAACAGGCCAUGGAAGCCCUGAGAAUGGUUUUACAGGCCAGGGUUUGUGCCUCAGGAGGGGUGAGAGACCCUCCAGAAGGGCAGCUUUGCUUGCAAAGUGUUUGCACAUCCCCCUUGGUUUGGCUGACACAGCUUGUCUUACCCAGGACUCCUGGCAAUUAGAAAAACAAAC